UUGAUUUGUAAUAUGGAAGUAAUUUUAGUUAAGACUUUUUCAUAAAACAUGCUCUCCUAGCCAGAGAGCUAGAAAUUCAUUUGGAAAAAGUCGGAGAGAUGAAAAUAAAAGGUUCCGUUUCACAUAUGAUCUAUCGUUUUAUCCUUCUUUAAUAUUUGAUAAACGACAAGGAUAAGAUGCUACGUCAUACGUGAUCAAGCCAAGCGUAGCGACAUUGCUGUGGCUACUUUAUAUGAGCCGGUAUAUUUUACUUAACAUCGAAUAAGAAUUAUAAAAAACGAAUAUAAUCUAAAUUCACUAAAAUGAAAAAGUGUUGUUCUACAUUAAUUAGAACAUUUAUAAAAUCACAAAUUGAUAGUUUACUCUGAGGUUAGGCGUAAUGUAGAGAACGGAAUACAGGGAACUUCCUCGAUCUCCGAGAAAAAAUAAUGUAUGAAAGGAUUAAAUUAUUUCAACUCCAUGCUAUAGAUAAUAUAUAAAAACAGAGGGAUUCUUUAGUUUUAUUUACCACAAAUAGGUCUGAGUCUGUUACCCCUCAUUGAAGUUGAUAUAAGCCACCAUGACUGCUCCGAUCAGCACUGCCAUGGACAGCUUAACUGCUGCUCUUAAGUCCAACAUUAUUCCCAAUCAGGAGUAUCUACUGCAGGGAUCAGUGUUGGAUACUUCCGUAGAAGUAUUGCUGCACAGACUUCGUGGUUUGUGUGACAAUGUUGAUCAUGGACCUGAGGGCUUCUACGACCAUGAGAUGUGUUUCAGCAUCCGCAGUACUCCACAGGAGCAACCGCUAUUACUGCGAGUACGACGUACUCUGGACGCAAGCAACGCGGACAUGCCAUGGCAGUUGAGGUAUAUUGGCCAACCUGAACUUGGUGAUAAAUCUCGACCAACGAUUGUUCGCAGUAGCAUCGACAUCGCUACAAGUAACACCGUAGUGGAGUUUCUCACCGAGUUGGGCUGUAAACUGGACUUCGAAUAUGUUACUCGUGGCUACAUGUUUCGCAAAGGACGAAUGAAAAUCACUGUAUCAAAGAUCUUCAAGGUGAACCAGGGUAAAGUGCCAGAAGGUGUGCCGGAAAUGAUUUCACAGAGUUAUUUGGUUGAGCUCAGCGUGUUGGCUCCCAGUGGACAGGAUGCCAUAGCAGAGGACAUGAGGAUAUUUGCGGAACAGCUACGACCUUUGGUGCAAUUGGAGAAAAUAGAUUACAAGAGAUUAGUUCAUUAAUUUUUUAUUUAUCGCAUUUAUCGAGAUUUUUUAUUGCAAAACUUAUUCUUAUGUAAGGCAUUGUGUGUAAUGCGUCGAAAAAUGUUCAUCGGUAGCAAUUUUUUAAAAAGGUAGAAAAAAUUUUUCGUAUAUUUGAACAA